AAUAAGCCAUUAGCGAUUUUGCAGAGAGUACUUUAAAACUAGGCUUGUGGAUUUUUUUAUUUGCGCUAUUCUUUUGCAAAAUAAAAUCAAUUUAAAAUUUAUUCCAACCUGUUAGCAUACCAAACACAGUGACUAUUUCAAUAAAUUCUUGGCCUAUUCGGCCUAUUCUUAUCGAAAGCAUUGAAUCGAAGUUGUCGAUAUAAUAUAUAGUUGCCCCUGCUGUUUUGUUUAUUUGUGUACAACACAUUUCAAUGGCGAAGCGAUCUGAGGUGGACCUUAAAAAAGAGGAUCUUGUAGAAGAUAUCGACGCUUAUUCCUAUAAAGCGAAAAUACUGAUUGAAAAUCAAGCCGAGUCACUUAAAUACAAGGUCAAGGAUAUUUUGAAAGAAGCCUCGCAAAAAGUGGUGAAUGCCGUCUUAUAUAACAAAGACGGGGAAGAGCCUGUUGAUGAUAUUGUAAAGCUAUGUAAGAAUGGAGUAAAUUUUUCACUAAUCAACAAUUUUGUAGCAUUUCAAGCGGGAAAUUCAUGCGAUUUCGGUGACAUUGUUUAUCUACCAAACGGUUUGGAAUCAUUUAGUUGGAAGAAAGCCAAGAAGUUUGACAAAUCUAUGGUAGUUGAGGGCUUAUGUGUUUCAGAGUAUUCUAAGUCUCUUUAUGUAGCACUAUGCAAUGACGAAGAAUCUUUUUCUUGCAUCUAUAAGGGUCGUGAUUCAGAAUUGUUAUUUUAG